AUGGGGGACGGUGCAAAAUCAUCAGGCGAGUGGACAAAUGAAAGAAUUUCUAUGUCUCAUUUAGGGAGUUUCUCUAGAAGCAGUAAUUAUGUUCGUAGCCUGGUUCGACAGCAGUUUCAGAAUCAGAGUGAUCAGCCGAAUACAGCUUGGGAGAGACUUCGUGAAAGGCUGGGAAAAAAUUCCUCUUUUGAGUACGAGGAAGAAACACCGAGCUUUGUCAAGAAAAAAGCGAGUGACGUUCCCAGUGAAGAAAACAGCGAUGACAGCGAAGAGGAGGGUGAUGAUGAGGAAACUGCGAACUUUAGUAACAAGACAUCGAGCAAAGAAAGCGCGAAGACGCCACCGUCAGAGGGACAGACGUCUGCGUCGUCCUCGCGUCGUUCAUCAGCGCCUCAGACACCAGGUGAGAGCAGGGAUACGGGACGGCGCUACACGCUACCUUCCAGAGACGCCCAUUCGAAGAUCUUGAAUCGGCGGUUAUCCUUGGCUGAGAGUGUCAUCAAAAAUUACGGCAAAUAUAUUCGAACCCCAGACGAGUCCCAAGCAGAGCGAACAACUUUAGCCAAAACUGAAAAAGAUAUUCCGCUCAAGGAGAGUAAACAGGAACAAGUAAAUAAACAACCUAUUGAAGCCAUUUCGGAAGAAGAACAUACUACGCGCUUGAAUAUCCAGCCCAUCGUUGCAAUUUCGGAAAGUGAAUGUUCGCCUGUCGGGAAUACCGAGAUUGUGAAUCGUGAUACCCCCUCCAUGAUUCCAGCCAGUAAUUUCCUGAAUAUCCCUGCUGUCUGCCCUCUUGGAUCGUCCUACACAGUGCCGCCAAGCCCGGCCACUAAACCCAAUGGCGCGUUUUUUGACGCUUCUGUUCGUCGGAAAUCCUUUAGUGGUGAAGAAUUGUCACUGACCAGGAGUGUAACAGACGUUACUUCAGUUUCCACAAAGGACAAAGUUGUCGCGGAUAAAGUAAAACUUCCCAGGUUAUCGGCUGCGCAGACAAGUAAAGCUGAGAAGAAAAAGCUUUCUCCGAAGAGCAGGGAAGAAGCCAUCCAGAGACUACGAGGUGACUACGAAACUUUGGCCAAAAACAAACGGCUAAGACGCGUUGGUCGGAAAAAGGGAACGGUAUAUGAACAGCUGCAACGAGACCGAGAACGGCGUGUCAGAGAGGCACAAACGUUUUACCAUGAAAUGGAUCAAAUUACCAAAUCACUGAAAGCUAUCAACAAUCGGUUAGAUGAGAGAAUUAAGGUUCUCAAUUGUAAUGAACCACAUAAAGUUAGGUAUCAACGAAUCUUACAAAUUGCUUUUGCCGGGCUUCCUUUCAAGAAACUAUAA